CUGAGUAAUCGAGUUGUUGUCAGUUGGGCGGUGACAUUAUUUGAUUGGCGUUCACAUUUGAUCAAUCAUUCGACUUUGUUUAACAACUGUCCAAUCAUCGACUGGAACAGCUUGGCGGUACAGAAGUGAACUGACCAAUAGGGAUGCGCUGUUGCCGCUAUACCGGAAGCACAUGCUGGCGCGCUGCAGUUCGUCUUCGUUGUUGUUUUUAUCUUUGACAUGAAGUUAGAAGGCUUAAAGAAUCGUUGCGGGUCUGUUUUUUGAUCUUUUUUUGUUUUUGUUUUUUGCGGGAAACCCUCCCGUUUAAUGGCAGCAGCGGCGGUGGCAGCGCUCGUCUCCUCCACGGAGCAGGAACCUGACAGGUGCGGGAGUGAGGAGGAGAACCGCGGAGUCGAAGCAGGGGACGGCGGCCAGCAGCCGGCAGGCCCCGCCGCGCCCGGCUGCAGCCGCCUGUCCAAACUCCCGCUGGCCCGCAUCAAAGCGCUGAUGAAAUCCGACCCGGACGUGUCCCUCGCCAGCCAAGAGUCGGUGUUUAUCAUCGCUAAAGCCACGGAGUUAUUCGUUGAGAUGAUCGCCAAAGAUGCUCUGGUGUACGCUCAGCAAGGGAAGAGGAAAACUCUGCAAAGGAAAGAUCUGGACAACGCGAUAGAGGCCAUCGACGAGUUUGCAUUUCUUGAAGGCACUCUGGACUAGAGACUACAACCAACUCUGUUCACAUGUUUCACUGCAGACUCCAGUCUCCUUCUGGUUUAUUUUUACGUGGAACUCAGAAGAUUCUUCAUCUUUAAGGACUCAUACAUGUACACUGUUUUGUAAAUAUUUUUGCAAAAUUCAAUUAAAUAAAUGUGUUGGAAACAA